AUGGCUGAAGAAUCCCAUCCGGCAUACCUCUCACCCAGCGAGCUAGGCACAAAAGACUACUGGGAAUCCUACUACGCCCGCACCCUAGCGCACAUCUCACACGAAGCUCCAAAGAACAACCCCAAUGCCAAUGCCAACCCAGACCAAAAUGACGACGAUGCCGCAUCUACCACCUCCGACCUAAACGAAGAAGACGACCCCGGCACAUCCUGGUUCUCCGAACACAACGCCCCGCAAAAAGUUCUCCGCUUCCUCACGCGCAAGUCCUUCCCCCUAUCGCCGCGCAAUACAGCGCACAAGAAAGGCGCCCGCCAGCCAAGCGUUCUGGAUCUGGGCACGGGGAAUGGGAGUAUGCUUGCGCUGCUUAGGAAGAGGGGUGGGUAUAUUGGGCGUCUUGUUGGCGUUGAUUACUCGCGCCAGAGUGUUGAGCUUGCGAGGGAGUUGCAGCGUGUGAGAGGGCAUUCGGCUUAUCGGAGUGACUCUGAGGAUGAGGAUGAAUCUGAAUCUGAUGAUGAAGAGGAAGAAGAAGCAGAGGCUGAGGCUGAGGAAGAUACUGGAUCUAAGGACUUGCCGGGACAAGAUACAUCCAUCCAGUUCGAGGAAUGGGAUAUCCUCGGCUCGAAGGCUGUUCUUUCUGAGACGGGUCUCGAGGUAUCACCCUCGUCCUCGUCUCCCUCGGAGGAAACACUUCCCUGGUUUCCAUACGAUCAAGGCGGCUUUGAUAUCGUUCUCGAUAAGGGGACGUUCGAUGCUGUUUCGCUUGCUGAUGAUGCGAAGACUACCCGUGUCUGUGAGAGGUACCCUGAUAUCGCGCGGCACUUAGUGCGGCGCGGUGGGUUCUUGAUUGUUACUACCUGCAACUGGACUGAGGAAGAGCUGGUGCACUGGUUCACUGGUGAGCGGACGAGUGGGGAUCGGUUGGUGGUUUGGGGCCGUGUUGAGUAUCCUCGGUUCCGGUUUGGAGGACAUGAGGGCCAGGGGGUUUGUACGGUGUGUUUCCAGAGGCUUGGGGACGCUUGA